CCCUAUGUAGUGCAUCCCAAUUCCCAGUGCAUCCUAGAGUCUCACCUGCUACAUAAACACGUGUUGACUACUCAAUAUUUUGUGUUAAUUUUAUUUUAUUUAUAAACAAUAUGAAUUUGAUACUUCAAAUAUUGUGUUUUUCUUUAUUGUUUUUAGAAGGAGAUUUUAAAUUGAUUUUCAAAUGUACAGGAAUGGUAAGCAAGGACACAGCUGUAUUAAAUGAAAAUGAUCAACUUGUAUGUUCAUGUUCAGAUGAUAAAAAUAACAACAGUACUCUUGCAUUUGCUAUAAAUAAUGUUCGAAUGAACCCAUAUCAAGUACCAUUCACGGAUUACUUUGAUAGGAGUUAUCAAAAAUCAAACGACAAUACAAAAUUAUAUUUGAAAAAAGAAAGGGUAUCGAUGUGGGAUGGAGGAGAUUAUAUAUGUUUCAAUAGAUAUAAUUAUACUUGGCUCCAUAUAUGGGUUAAAACAAAAGAACGUUUCUUUUUGGCGAAGGAAUCUGAAACAUCACUUCUAAUUCAAGAUCGCUCUUCUAUGGAAGUUCCUUGUGUACCAACCUCACCAUGCUACGAUGUGGAAUUAUUUAAAGGCUCAAAGGAACUUGCAAUUAAUGAGACAAAUGGUGUUAAAUUUGAUCCUCGAAAAGGUUUUAUCAUAACCAAUCCAAGAUAUAUCGAUGCUCCCGUUGAUUUUACUUGUUCAAUAACAUUGGAUGGACGUACAGAAAGUAUGCUAUAUCACACGAAAUUUAACUUUUAA